AUGAUGCAGAUGAUGUCUCUACAAACUUUUGAUCGUACGUAUUCAUCAAACUUGACCUCUAAUCUACGACUCUCGCCUCUUCUUUCUCGCGAAACCCUCCGCCGUCUUGCGUGGAGCACUUUUUACAAUGACACUAUUAUCGACGGUGGUCGGUACGGCUUCCAUACUAUUGACGAAAAGGCAUAUAGUAUUCAACUCGCUUGUGACGAGGCUAGCUUUCUUCGCAACGAGAACGUCGUGACGGGACCGCUUCGCUGCAAUGCCUCUGUUUCAGCUAAUGCUGAUUCUUCUAAUAAAUCCGAGGAACAAUUACUCGACAUAUCAGACUAUCUUCUCCGAACAGCAGCCGCGCGGCGCCGUGCUUUGCAUUUCGCCUUUCGUGCCUCGCACGCAGAACAGACAAGCGAAGAAUUGACGACCGAACUAGCUACCAUCGAGCAUGACAUGGAAGAGGUUAUCAACGCACUACCAAAGGAAUUCCAUUUCAAUUCCAGUAACAUGUUGCUCCAUCGACAUCGACUCAUCACUUUUAUUCUUUUACAUGUUAUACGGCAUAACCUUUUCAUCAUCACCGGCCGGGCAGCGCUACAUAUCUAUAGCCAAGACAACUCAACCAAAGCCGAUCUUAUAUCUCAAAUCAGGAGGAAUAGGAUCUCUCAUGCUCUACCCACUGCUCGCAUUGUCGCCGAAGGUCUCAGGGCGGGUAUCUACUUUGAUCCUGAUGUUGCUGUAGACGCUUAUGUUGCUCUAGAGAGCCAAGACCCCGCCGAAUAUGACUUUCGCGACUUUCGAUGGGCAAAACUUGAACGACUCCGUCGGUGCACAACCACUUCUACUAAUACUAGGCCAUCAUCAAUCAAAACAUCCUUCUCAGAUGAAUCUCUACUCGAAUACAUGACAGAUUCAGACACCGUACUGCCAUCUUUACCUCCCCUCGAUGCGAGUGAUGUCUACAAAACACAUCCACAAGCGGCGUCUGUAUCUUAUCCAGUCAGUUUAGGUUCUAUUCCUACAUCCAGCGCCAAAGGACAUGCUUUACCCAUCGGCCAGGGCAGCGACGACUAUAAUCUAAAUCAACCCCCUAUACCGCCGUGGUACGGAUCUGCUGCUGAAGCUGGUGAUGGAUUAUAUUCAUUGGAUUGGUCGUGGUUCUUGGAUGAGCUAGGGUUGGAGUAUCAGUCUGGGGAUUCUGGGAUGUCUUUGGGGUUGCUUCCAGUCUAGUUCAGUACAACUCGAAAGGAGAUGAAUAAAUAACUAUGUUUCAAGCACAAUCAUUAUUAUCCUUUCGAUUUUCUGCCGGACAUGAGCGUACAGAGCGAGCACUAGGUAUGGAAAUGGAACAACCCCUUGAUGAUAGCGUACGGAGUAGAUAUCCCAGGUACACAAUAACCAAUACCAACCUUGAGAAUCUGGGACAUCUCUAGUACUAUUCGUAAUGAUCAAAAAAUGCAUUUUGGGCGUUGUCU